GGCGCCCCCCCAAGGGCAACCGCAGGCGCCCCCCAACACCCUGAGCAAUAACAACCCCCCCCCCAACGCCGCCGCCAACGCCGCCGCCGCUCCGCACCACCACCACCACCAUCACCACCACCCCCAUCACCCUCCGCCUCCGCUGCCUCCUCCUCCUCCUUCUUCUUCUUCUUCUUCCUCUUCUUCUUCCAACAAUAAUAAUAACAAUAACCCCGGGCAAACGGCGGCUUCCGAGCCCGGAGAGGAGCUGGAGGAGGAGGCGGGGCUCGGAGAGGGGGACGCGGGGGAUUCCGCCAUCGAAGACCCGGAGCUCGAGGCCAUUAAGGCGCGAGUGCGGGAGAUGGAGGAGGAGGCGGAAAAGCUCAAAGAGCUCCAGAACGAGGUGGAAAAACAGAUGAAUAUGAGCCCCCCUCCGGGUAACGCCGGCCCGGUCAUCAUGUCCCUGGAAGACAAAAUGGAAGCGGACGCGCGUUCCAUCUACGUGGGGAACGUGGACUACGGCGCCACGGCGGAGGAGCUGGAGGCGCACUUCCACGGCUGCGGCUCCGUCAAUCGCGUCACCAUCCUCUGCGACAAAUACAGCGGUCACCCAAGGGGUCCCUUCGCGUACAUCGAAUUCUCCGAUAAAGAAUCGGUGCGGACGUCGAUGGCGUUGGACGAAUCGCUCUUCCGGGGGCGGCAAAUCAAAGUGAUCCCCAAGCGCACCAACCGCCCCGGCAUCAGCACCACCGACCGGGGUUUCCCCCGAGGCCGAUUCCGAGGCCGCGGCGGCGGUUUUAGCGCCUCCCGCGCUCGAUUCUACACCGGAUACACCCGGCCCCGAGGGCGCCCCUACCGGGGCCGCGCCAGGGCCACCUCAUGGUAUUCCCCGUACUGAGCUGCCGCCCCCCAAGUCGGAGCCCCCUCUGCCCCACAAGUACCCCUCCCCCCUCCCCUUUGUGUUUUUUUUUCUCCCCCCACCCCCCUCUCUCAGCCCCAUAAGUGCCCUCUCGGCCCCAUAAGUGCCCUCUUGGCCCCAUAAGUGCCCCCCAAACCCCCCGUUUCAGUGUCUUUGUCGUUGCAGGUGGCGGAGCCGGAG